GUUACAGUAAUUCCUUUAUGACUGAAGUGAGGAAUAAAUCCAAAGCUUCCCGCUCAAAUAGCUGCAUGACAAUGACAAUAAACAUGCCCGCACCUGAUUCCUUAUGAUGAGCGGCACAGCAAGUAUGAGGGACGGAGAGUCUCUGAAGAACUACAUGAGCAGGUUUAAUGAUGCGGUGUUGGAGGUUAGUUCCUUCGACCAAGCUGUGGGUAUUGCAGCUGUAAUCUCUGGUCUCAAGCAUGAUAGGUUCAGAGACAGUUUGAUCAAACAUGCUGCCACCAGCUUUAGCGAGGUGAACGAUAGAUCUCUGAAAUUCAUAACUGCUGAGGAAUACGCCCUAGCGCAAAAUCCACCUUCCUCUAAGAACCAGAACCGAGAAUGGAGAGAUGACAACCCGAGCCGAAAAAGGAUGAGAAUGGCGCAGAACCGAGGUCCAGUGUUGACCUCCCCACCGAGAUUCGGAAGGCUGAACUCCACGCCCCCACAACAAUCUGCAAGUAAACCUCCAGUUAAUUGGACUCCAUUUAAUUUGCCGAGGUCACAAAUUUUUAUGCAGAUCAAAAAUAAGAUGGACUUGAGACGUCAUGGCCCAAUGCGAACUGCUACUGCUAGUCGAGACCAUACCAGAUAUUGUGAUUUUCACCAGGAUCACGGCCAUACUACAGAGCAGUGUAACAGUUUAAAGUCCGAACUGGAAAGUUUAGCUCAGAAGGGAAUGCUGAAUGAGUAUGUACAGCGAGCUGAACAGCCGAGGUUUGUUAGAGAACAGAGGCCGCAGCCUCAAGGAGCCCGCAAUCCCCCAAAUAGGCAAGGUGUGGGAUAUCAACAAACCCCACCUCCACUCCCACCACCAGCUAGAAUCAUACAUAUGAUUACGGGAGGCCUUGAAGCAGGUGGACUGAGCUCUAAGCAGCGAAAGCUGUAUGUUAGGGAGGUUAAACAUCAAAACCGAGCUCAGAAGCGGAAGAUUAACGAUGCUGAAUGGAAGAAUCAACCAAUUACUUUCACAUCUGCUGAUCUCGAUACAGUUGUUACACCUCACAAUGAUCCUUUGGUCACUUCUGUUAUGAUUAACAACUGUGAAGUACAACGUGUCCUUGUUGACACCGGGAGUGCACAAGACAUCAUGUACUUCCACUGUUUCGAGAGUCUGGGACUAGAUCCAGCAUUGUUGCAGAAGUAUGAUGGUCCUAUCUAUGGUUUCAAUAACCAACCUGUUCCGGUGGAAGGAGUUCUUACCCUCCAUGUGGCUUUUGGGAGGGGUAGAACCUAUGUGACCCCGUCGGUCCGGUUCCUUGUAGUUAAGAUGGCGUCCUCCUUCAACAUUGUUAUUGGCCGACCCACACUGACUGAAAUCCGAGCUGUGGGCAAAACUCAGACACCUGAAGCCAUUCCCCAGCAAAUUUCUGAUAAUCAGCAAGUUAUGGGUGUUGAGAUCGUAGAUAAUCGACCGGAAAAUGAAACCAGAGCUGCUCCGGUCGAAGAUGUUGAAGAAACUUCAGCAGAUAUGCCAGGAAUUCCAAAUUCAGUCUCUCAACAUAAGCUCAGCACCAAUCCAUUGAAAAAACCAGUGGCCCAGAAGCGGCGUCUCUUCGGGGGUGAAAGGCUUCAGGCUAUUAAAGAAGAGGUAAUGAAGCUCUUGCAGGCUGGUUUUGUCAGGAAAGUCGAUUACUGUGAAUGGGUAGCUAACCCAGUUCUGGUGAAGAAGGCAAAUGGCAAAUGGCGAAUGUGUAUUGAUUACACAAAUCUUAAUAACGCCUACCCUAAGGAUUGCUAUCCAAUGCCGAGCAUUGACAAACUAGUUGAAGCGGCUUCAGGCAAUGAGAGGUUAAGCCUCUUGGACGCAUAUUCGGGGUAUCACCAGGUGCCAAUGGCUCCAGAAGACGAAGAGAAAACCGCGUUCUAUGCUGGCGAUGAAAUUUAUUGUUACGUCAUGAUGCCGUUUGGCUUGAAGAAUGCAGGUGCUACUUAUCAGAAAAUGGAUUGCUAUCCAAUGCCGAGCAUUGACAAACUAGUUGAAGCGGCUUCAGGCAAUGAGAGGUUAAGCCUCUUGGACGCAUAUUCGGGGUAUCACCAGGUGCCAAUGGCUCCAGAAGACGAAGAGAAAACCGCGUUCUAUGCUGGUGAUGAAAUUUAUUGUUACGUCAUGAUGCCGUUUGGCUUGAAGAAUGCAGGUGCUACUUAUCAGAAAAUGGUCAAUCCAGAGAAGAUUAGAGCAAUUGCCGAGAUGGAACCGCCGAAAUCAGUGAAGGAUAUACAAAGGUUGACUGGGAGGGUGGCAGCUCUGCAUCGGUUCAUAUCGAAGUCAGCAGAUAAAUGUCUGCCAUUUUUCAAAAUUAUAAGGUUAGCCACCCAGAAAGAUGAGUCAGGGAAGCAAAAGAAGUUCGAAUGGAGCCGGGAAUGCCAAGCUGCAUUUGAAGAGCUGAAGUCUUACCUUAGCUCACCGCCUCUGUUGACUAAGGCUGUAGAUGGCGAACUUUUUUACUUGCACCUGGGGAUUGCAGAUGAGGCCAUUAGUUCAGUUCUGGUAAGAGAAGAAGCUAGGCAGCAGAAACCAAUUUAUUAUAUCAGCAGUGUGCUGCAUGGAGCAGAGCUAAGAUAUCCUAUAGCUGAGAAAGCAGCAUUAGCAGUCGUCACUUCGGCCAGGAAGUUGAGGCCAUAUUUCCAGUCACACCCAAUUAUAGUUCUCACCAAUCAACCUCUCAGGCAGAUUCUGCAGAAACCAAAGUGCUCUGGAAGAUUAAUUAAGUGGGCAGUAAAAUUGGGAGAGUUUGAGAUAACAUUCCAGCAGAGAUCGGCCAUCCGAGCUCAGGCAUUAGCAGAUUUCAUUGUCGAAUGCACUCCAUGUCCUUCAACCUCUAAUCCAGAGCCCAACGACUGGACCUUAUAUGUUGACAGAGCAUCUAGUAGCAAAGGUUCAAGGGCUGGCCCUCUCUUGAUUGGUCCAGAGGGAUACCGAAGUGAACAUGCCCUGAAGUUCAAUUUCGAUGCAACAAAUAACAUGGCUGAAUAUGAAGCUCUACUACUUGGUCUACAACUCGCACUAGAAUUGAAAAUCAGUGCAAUUCAAGUAUAUAGUGACUCUCAGCUGGUGGUGAACCAAAUCAACUCUGUUUGCGAAGUCAUCGAUCCUGUAAUGGUAAAGUAUGUAGCCUUGGUAGCCGAGCUAAAGUGCAAAUUUCAGAAAUUCUGUCUGAGUAAAAUCCCCCGAGCUGAGAAUGAACAGGCAGAUUCACUCUCCAAGUUUGCCUCUGAUAACUCUUUAAGCUCCAGAUCCGUUUUUGUAGAGGUCUUAGAUGAACCAAGCUUCACGAAGCCUCGGGUGAUGGAGAUUAGCACAAACCCUGACACGCCGAGCUGGACUGAUUCAAUUGUCUCCUUCUUACGAGAUGGGAUAGUGCCUGAGGACAGGCAGGAGGCAAUGAAAUUAAGGAAGACAGCAUCUCGAUAUACACUUGUUAAUGGAGUCCUGUAUAAGAGAUCUUUCUCACUUCCUCUUCUACGAUGUUUAAACCCCUAUGAAGCUGAAUACGCACUUCGAGAGGUACAUGAAGGUGUCUGUGGGAGCCACGUCGGUGCUAGAACUCUGGCUCACAAAGUCUUAAGACAAGGAUACUACUGGCCAAACAUGUACAAAGAUGCCACUUACUUUGUUCAGAAAUGCCCGAAAUGUCAAUUCUUUGCACACCUGACUCAUCAACCAGCAGAAGAGCUCACAAACUUGGUAGCGCCGUGGCCAUUCGCUCAGUGGGGACUGGAUCUUUUAGGCCCAUUUGUGAAAGGGGUUGGUGGUGUAACCCAUCUAAUUGUUGGUGUAGAUUAUUUCACGAAAUAUGGGAUUCCAAAUCAGAUUGUGGUUGAUAAUGGAACUCAAUUCAAUUGCUCCUCAUUUCGAGAUUUCUGCUCCAGUUAUGGGAUCAAGUUACAGUUCACCUCCGUUUACCAUCCGGAGUCCAAUGGCAUGGUGGAAUCUGUUAACAAAUGCAUUUUGGAAGGUAUAAGGCCGAGAUUGGAGCAGCAUAAGGCCAAGUGGGCAGACGAGCUCAACAACGUCGUCUGGGCAUACAGAACCACGAGCCGAACUGCCACAGGUGAAACACCCUACCACCUGACCUUUGGUACCGAAGCAGUCAUUCCUGUUGAGAUAGGAGUCCCAAGCUUCCGGGUCACCCAUUUCGAUGAAGAACGAAAUGGACAACUACUUCGGGAAAACCUUGAUCAGCUUGCCGAAGUCAGAGAAGAAGCUCGGCUUCGAACUCUUGUAUACAAGCAGAAGCUAGCCAACUUUUACAAUAAACGGGUCCACCCUCGCACAUUCAAAAUAGGAGACCUUGUUCUCAAAAAAGCUAGCUUAACGGGGUUUGAAACUCGUUUUGGCAAACUUGCCCCAAAUUAAGAAGGUCCUUAUGCCGUGGCCGAAGUGCCACAUCCUGGUGCCUAUAUUCUCCAAGACGCUGAAGGAAAAAGAGUUCCUAGAGUCUGGAAUGUCAAUAAUUUGAAGAAAUUUUACCCCUGAUAAAAUUCUUCCAAGCAAUCUAUGUCUUACUGUUCUUUAUGCUUCUCACUCCGUGUUUGUUAAGAUUGAUUUUAUCUUUUUUUCCAUGUAUCCGAGGUCAAUCAGUACUUACACCUCACUUCUGACUAAUAAAAGUCACUUCCCAUG